AUGACUGUGGUGAAAGAAUUUAUUCUUCUGGCUUUUCCAAAUCUCCACCAUUUUCGGCUUUUGCUUUUCGUUCUUGUCCUACUGAUGUACAGCACAUGUGUUUUUGGAAACAUAACAAUCAUUUUUCUAGUUACAUGGUACACCUCACUUCAUACACCAAUGUACUUGUUUAUCAGUACUUUUGCUAUUUUAGAAAUUAUAUUUGUUUCUGUUAUGGUGCCAAAAUUUUUACAUAUUCUCAUUUCAGGAAAACACAAGAUAUCAUUUGUUGGCUGUUUUACCCAACAGUUUCUUGGCAAUACAAUGGGAAUAGUAGAAUGCUACCUCCUGGCUGUUAUGGCUUUUGAUCGAGAUUUAGCUAUUAACAGUCCAUUUAAUUAUAUUAGUAUUAUGAGUAAACUCAAAACAAAGCUCACACUAUGUCCAUGGAUUGUUGGAUUUGCCUUUGCUGCCAUCCUCACCAUAUUCACGGCUCGCCUAAAAUUCUGUGGCCGCAACAAGCUUGACCAUUUCUUUUGUGAUUUGACACCUCUGCAGAAUUUGGCUUGCUCUGGUACCUUUGUCAGUAGGGCAGUAACAAACUCUGUAGCAAUCAUUGCAGUACUUUUCCCAUUCAUCAUGAUUAUUGGAUUAUAUCUGCAUAUCAUAGUCACCGUCUCAAAAAUUAAAAGUGCUGAUGGUAAACACAAAGCUUUCUCCACCUGCUCUUCCCAUCUCAUUGUAGCCAGUUUGUUCUUUGGGACAGCUAUUAUUGUUUAUGUCAGACCAAAUGGAACCCAGUAUGACAAAUUUCUUGCUCUAAUAUACACAAUAGUCACACCAUUGUUUAAUCCAUUUAUUUACACACUGAGAAACAGGGAUGUGAAAACAGUGUUGUUUAAAACAUUUGAUAAAUUGAAUUUCAUGCAAAAAACUCUCAGAAACAAAUCAUAA